GCUGUUUUUGUUUACCUGUUCGCUUGCAGAGUUGGUCGUGUUAUUACCGUUUUGGCCGUCAACACAAAAAUUAUGUUUAAAUAAUGUCUGCCGAGAUAUCUGGCUUUCGGCGCUUUCUUCACUGGGGUCCAAUAACCGCGCUAAGCAUCAUUAAAUGUAUAACGCUGACGACGCUUUAUAUGAACUCGAUGUGGUGGCCGCCAAAUGAAUCAUUUGCCGCCUUUGCACAUCAGGCGCUGUUCCUGCUCCUCUCCACAUUGGCCACUUUCAAUUACAUCAUGGCCACGCUGACAGGUCCCGGCCUGCUGCCAAAACAAUGGCAGCCCAAGGACCCCAAGGACACCGAGUUCCUGCAGUACUGUAAGGAGUGUGAGGGCUAUAAAGCGCCUCGAUCGCAUCACUGUCGCAAAUGCAAUCGUUGUGUUAAGAAAAUGGAUCAUCAUUGUCCUUGGAUAAAUCAUUGCGUUGGUUGGGCCAACCACGCCCACUUUAGUUACUUUCUGCUCUUCUCCAUAUUGGGCAGCAUUCAGGGAACUGUGGUGCUCAGUUGUUCCUUUUAUCGUGGCAUUUAUCGCUAUUAUUAUCUAACACAUGGACUGGCGCACUUGGCCAGCGUACAGUUCACAGUGGUCAGCAUUAUAAUGUGCAUCCUGGGCAUGGGCCUGGCCAUUGGCGUUGUGAUUGGUCUGAGCAUGUUGCUCUAUAUACAGCUCAAGACAAUUGUCAGCAAUCAAACGGGCAUUGAAAUUUGGAUUGUGGAAAAGGCGCUUUAUCGCCGUUACAGAUCUCUAACGGAUGAACAGUUUGUCUACCCAUACGAUCUGGGCUGGCGUCUCAAUCUGCGCCAGGUGUUUAACGAAGAGUGCCAAAAACGCGGUGACGGCAUCGAAUGGACUGUGACUGAAGGCUGCGAUCAAUUCACACUGACUCGCGAGCAGCUGGCGCAGAAGCAGGAGAAGCGUGCCCGAACACGCACCUACAAGUGCAUUAGUAAUGUCACUGGACGCUGGCUGCCAAUCUUCUCACAAGGCUGGCGAGUCUGCGUCAGUGCACCCUGCACAGAUGAGCCACGUAUUCGUUUGCAGCCCGGCGACAUAAUCAAGGUGACACGCUUCCGGCGUCACUGGCUCUUUGGUGAGCGAGAACCGAGCGAUUUGGGGAGCAAGAAGCCACAGCGCAAAGGUCCAAUUCGUGGUUGGUUUCCACGGCGCAGUGUUGUUGCUCUCACCGAAGUGCCAGACUCCGAAAGCAGCGACGAUAUCAAAAAUGGCAAAGCUUCUAAUGGCAAUGGCAAUGGACACAGCCAUAAGAAGCAGCAACAAAGCAAUGGUCACAGCAAAAAGUAUAUGUAAGCUGCAAGCAAGCCAUGACAAUUCCUAUUAUAAAAUGCAAUGCGACCAACUGUAACUGCAACUGCAGAUCGGCUUGUAAAUAGUGAUAGAAAUCCUUUGAAUGGCUUUACUUGGUCAUGCAACUUAAGGCCUUCUUCUCGUUUACACUGUUAGCUGAAAGCCAAUCAAUAAAUUAUGUCUCGAUUGAGUACAAUAGCUGAUAACUAA